GUCAUGAAACCCCAGAGCAGUCCUGCACGGUUUCAAUUUCGCACUUAUCGAGCACGCAGGCACGCCAGGCUGUGCAUUUGCGCUCAGGGGGAUCUCGUUCCCUUUCUUCUCUCUUUUUGAUAGGGAUGUGCUGAUGAGGCGACGAUCCACUGCAUUUGAAGCAGAACUACUUGCGUGCCCGAGAGCUCUCCCGCCCUGAGCCUUGGACCAACGAUCACUCCAUGCGACUGACUACGACUAUUUCCCGAAAGUAAAACACUAGUGGCUUCAGCCAACGGCCGAAACCAACAAUGGCCGACAAACAAAAAGGACCCCUCCUCCGCCUGGCAGGCAUCAAGUCCGCACAGCUCCCCGCCGCGACGGCCUCACCCGAGGAGCUGACCCCAUUCAUAACAUCCCUCCUCAAAGAGUCGGUCCCCUUCAUUGACACGGCGGCUCCCCGGGCCGCAGACUUCACCGACCCCGCCGUCCCGGCCCCUCCCGCCUCCAACACGCUCUGGAAGUCCAAGGGCUCCAAGACCCACCCGGACUCCACGGCCAAGAUCGACCUCAGCGAGAGGGUCGUCCCCGUCGACGGCGGCGCUGACGAGACGUGGGCAUGCCGCCGCAGCGUCCACGCUGACGAGGCGGCCAGGGGCACGGCGAGCUGGGCCGAGUUUGCCGACUGCAUCCGCGACCGGCACCCCGAGACGGAGGACGCCUUCACGCCGACGGUGCUGGCGCACCGUGAGGCCGUCUCCUGGGGCGGCGCCAAGGGCGCGGCGGCCGUCGAGGUCGGCGGCGUCGCCUGGGGCCGCUUCACCCUCGCCCUGCUCGAGAUGAAGCACAAGAUCCCGCCGCCGCUGAAGCCGCGCGUGUUCCCCGUGCUCCAGCUCGUUGCGUCGGCCGUGUCUGCCCCCGGCGGCGGCGGCGACGGCGCGGAGAGGGACGAGUUUGUGGUCGUCUCGGUCACGGUGUCUGACCUUGCGACGGGGCCGCUGAAGGAGCAGGCCUCGCUGUCGCUGGAGAAGGGCGUCGUGGUCGGGGCGUAUGUCAGCGUGGAGAGGGUGAGGAGACUGCCCGGUCAAGGGGAGGACAAGGGCAAGAUCGAGUGGGUCAUGGCUACUGCCAGCGACGCGAAGGGCAUCCUGCCCUUGUUCCUGCAGACCAAGGCGAUCCCGGGCCAGAUUGCGAAGGAUGUGGGUAUGUUCUUGGGCUGGGUCGAUAAGGAGAGGGCGAAAAAGGGCUGAAGAGCCGCAAGCUGGUGCACAUGGGGCUGGCGGUUGAGCCUGGUUUGAAGUGCAUGGGGUUUGACAGCUGCCACUGGCUAGUAUGAGCAAUAGGUUGAGUUGGUUGGUAAUGGUCGACGGAUGUCCGGCUCGGAUGGCAUGCUUAAAAUGUUCAGCGGUGCAGUCAACGGCGUAAUGUUAAUAAUAACUAGUGGCUGAAACAGGCAAGAGGGAUAGUGCAUUCUCAUCUGUCCAGAUGAAAAGCUCAUUGAUACAAAACAAUCCCAUUCAUGAACCUG